AUGGAAACUGCUUUCCCAGCCCCUCUCCCAGCCGCUCUUCCCUCUCUCACUACCCGCGAGGCUAUCACUGAUACACUUCACCGCGCCGUUCUCGCAUUCGACACAGACGACAAAGCCCUCCUCGAAUCCUCCUUCUUACCUGAUGCAGUCUUCGACCUUGAUGGCCAACUUAUGAAUGGUCUAGAUGAGAUCUGCGCCAAAUCCUUUGAUAUCGUCUCAAAAUUAGACACCACCCACUUUAUCAGCAAUGUUCGUAUCAAUUACGUCGAAGGGGCAUCUACCGCCUCAAUGACCGCCUCUGCGCUCUCUCAGCAUUACCGCCCAAAUACCGGGAAGACACCUGGUGCGACAAACUUUAUGGGUGGCUCUCUAUAUUACCUUGACGUUGUUCGAGGUACAGAUGGAUUGUGGAAGGCUAAGACUUGGAGGAUGAAAGUAAUUUGGACUACUGGAGAUUUCGGAGUUAUGACGGGAAAUUAG